AUGAUACAAGCAAAUAAGUGCACCCUAUACCUCAUUAAAAGAACAACCAUUUUUCUUGUCUUUCAGGGUGUAGGCACGAUUUCUUCUGAAUUUCAAAAAAGUACAAUAAUUUAUGAAGCCCCAGUUGAACUACGUAAACGAUCAGACUAUUUAGUUAAUAAUCCAGAGGAUGAAAAGAUCAUUGCACCUGAUGAAGAGAGCACUGGCAUGGUAAUGCAUAAAGAUUCCAGGUGGUCUCAAAGUUGGCAGAAUUUUAAAGACAGCAACCAGUAUGUUCAUAAAUUAUUUGACCUUAAAACUAAGUAUGAUGAAAGUGAUCAUUUAGCAGUGCGGAUGACUAGGGCAUUCACAGACAGAAUUGGCAGUGUAUUUGGAGGGAUGCUUCAGCCAACAAAGAUGUCGGAAGUGCUGACUGAGAUUGAGAAAAUGGAUCCCACCUUUGAAAAGGAGAAGUUUCUACAACAGUGUAGGCAAGACUUAGUUCCCAAUGUACUAGAGUCUUGGGUCAGGGGAGAUCUAGAAAUCCUUCAGGACUGGUGCUAUGAAGCAGCAUUCAAUGUGUUGGGUCAACCAGUGCAACAAAAUUUAGCCAUGGGACUAAAAUCUCAGUGCAAAGUGUUAGAUAUAAGCCCUGUUGAACUGGCAGCAGGACAGCUGAUGGAGCAGGGGCCAGUGCUGAUCAUCAGCUUCUCCACACAACAAGUGGAAGCAUGGGUAGAUAAAUCUAACAAAGUUGUCUCAGGAGAUCCUGACAAACUUUUGAAGGUAGUUCAUGUGUGGGCCCUGUGCAGAGAUCAGAGUAUUCUGGACCCCAGAGCAGCAUGGCGAGUGUUGGAGUUCAGCUUCCAUCCUACUGAACAGUUGUUUUAAACCAGAACUCUGUCAGAAGAAUUUCAUCAAAAGAAAGCAUUUGUGAUCAUUACAAAUGCAGUGUUAAGAACAAGUUCUGAGGUUUCAUUUUAAUGAGCAGUUGUCCAAGACGACAUAGAAUUGACCUUUUUUCAAAAGGAGGCCAUGGACUGUUCCAAUUUUUUUAAAAUUAAAACUUGUGUGCUGAAUGGAAUGCACACAUAAGAACAAAUAUUUUAAAGCAUUAAAAAUUGUUAAAAAUUUUUUAUGUUGAAACAGAAGGUAUAGUGUCUUACAUGGCUUUUUGUGAUAAUUGUUAUCACAACCACAGAGCUUGAUUGAAAUUGGAUCGAUAAAUUAUCAGUACAAUAUGAAAAUAUUUAAAAUGCAUAGAAGAAUUAUAUGGCUAAAAAUAAUGCAAACUUAUAGGUAAUGUUUUAAUAAUAAAACUGCAGUUUGAUUAAAUUAAUACGAAUUGUUUCUUAUAAGUUCAUUUUAUUCUUGCGAGUAAUUUAUCAAAUAUGCUGAAAGAAAAGACACACUCAGUGGCCAUCCCGUAGUAUCUUAAAGGGAUAACAACUGUUUGUAUGAUAUCCAUAUUUUACAAUAAAUGCAUUGCAAACAACUCAUAAAAAUAUAAUCGAUUCUAUUUUACCUCCAAUACCGCAGUUCAUGCAACUAUUCUGGAAUUUUUGCUUGCCAUCACAUCAUGUGACUUCCAUAGAUGGCUAUACUCUGUAAUAAUCUCUUAAGAGAAUAUUACAAAAA